GAAGGGCCCGGACGAGGCCCCGGGGCAAAUGGCCGGAGCUGGGCCAGCAAUGCUGCUACGAGAGGAGAAUGGCUGUUGUAGCCGGCGUCAAAGCAGCUCCAGCGCUGGGGACUCGGAUGGGGAGCGCGAAGACUCGCCGGCUGCGCGCGCACGGCAGCAGCUGGAGGCGCUGCUUAACAAGACAAUGCGCAUUCGUAUGACGGACGGACGGACUUUAGUCGGCUGCUUCCUCUGCACCGACCGCGACUGCAAUGUCAUCCUCGGUUCGGCGCAGGAGUUCCUCAAGCCGUCGGAUUCCUUUUCUGCCGGGGAACCCCGUGUGCUGGGUCUGGCUAUGGUACCCGGACACCACAUCGUUUCUAUUGAGGUGCAAAGGGACAGCCUGGCGGGGCCUCCCUAUCUCUGACCGCGGAUCGCGCAUGCCUAUCAGACUUCAUUAAACCCGUGACCGAA